AUGUCACGACGAAAGAGACCUCUCGCAGAAAUCGAAAUCCUCCCAAACGAUAUCCAAACCAAAAUCAUUUCAUGGGCUGCUAAGAUCUCAAUAAAAGGCCUACGCAACGUCAUGCUAUCAAGCCCUACUCUAGCCGAAGCUGCCGCAGAUCCUCAGGUCUACAAGAACAUCAAUCUCUACAUCCUAAUAGUCUAUCCUCUCACACCACUUCGCAGCUACAGAGAACUUAUGGAACACUGCCUUGCCGCCGGAAACUUGCAGACUCACUACAUACAUGGGAUCAAAAAUAUUUCCAUAACAACAACAUCGGUGUAG